AUGUCCGAGCUACCCAAGGGCUCGUCUCCACGCAUGGUUCGCGCAAAAGUGAGCCUGCACCAGCAAGUCUUCGGGGGUCCAGACCAGCAGGACGAGGAGCGCGGUAAACUCGUCAAAGCUCCCGAGGAGCCUCAUCUGAGAUCACCAUCCAGGAUGAGCAACCGCAACUCGAAGGAAGAGGUGGAUGAAGUGGUGUCCAGAUUCACCGAAGCCUUCCCCAGUUUCGAGCAGGACCUUGCGGAGCGGACCAGAUUGGCAGAGUGCGAGGGCGAAGGCGACGAUCGCAGCAGUACUGCCGGUAGCAGUGAUGACAGCGCUGCUACGCUCCAGGCUGGGGAGUGGGCUGAAGACACGCCCUCAGCUCUCACUCAGCCGCCUUGGGACUUUCAGAUCCCGGACUUGUCAGGACCAGACGCCGAAGAAACCCCUAUCAUGCCGACCAGUCUUCGGCCGUGA